AUGAAAAGACAAUAUGACAGCGAGUCGGAAACGACGGUGGAUGUGAGCGCCACACGCAGAAAAACCAUGCCGAUCACUUACGGUUUCAUCGGUCUGGGUGCCAUGGGAUAUCCCAUGGCGCUUAACGUCCGCCAGAAAUCAUCCCAGGACAGUCCCCUCUACAUCUUCGAUGUGUACCAGCCAAGCUGCGAAAAGUUCGUCGCCGAAACCAAGUCCCACGGGCCCGUACAUAUUGCAAAGUCGGCGAGGGAGGUCGCCGAUGCCGCGGACGUGAUCAUCUCCAUCAUUCCUGCAGCAUCGCAUGUCCGAAGUGCGUACCUGAACGAGGUCGACGGCAUCCUGGCGGCAAAGAAGAAUAGCGACCGGCUCAUGCUGGAGUGUAGCACCAUCGACUCCCAGACGGCGCGCGAGGUGGGCACGACUUUGAAAGAGGCCGGGAGCGGGACCUAUGUCGACACUCCCGUCUCGGGUGGCGUCCCCGGUGCUCUUGCGGGCACCCUCUCGUUCUUGAUCGGGGCCCCGGAGCCUGUGGACGGGUCCGCGGCGGCUGCUAGCCACCGGCAUCUCGCCUCGACCAUGGCGAUGAUGGGCUCGCCCGAGAAGUUCUUCUUCUGCGGCAAGCUGGGGGCCGGUCUCGCGGCCAAGAUCAGCAACAACUACCUGUCGGGGACCAUCCUCCUCGCCAGUGCCGAGGCGAUGGCGUUCGGCAUCAAGUCCGGUAUCGACAAGCACCUGCUCUACAAGGUCAUCCAGAACUCGACGGGCCAGAGCUUCAUGUGCGAUCACGUGAACCCUGUGCCGGGCGUCGUGGCGCACGCUCCGGCCAGCCGGGACUAUGAAGGCGGCUUCAAGGCGCAGAUGAUGGUGAAGGAUAUGACCUUGGGGGUCGAUGCGGCUGCCGCGGUGGGUAUCAAGGCGAGCACCGGCGCGGCGGCGUUGGAGGUAUACAAGCAGUCUGCCGUUGAUCCUCGAUGUGUUGAUCGCGACGUAUCGGUUGUCUACCGGUUCUUGGAAGGUCCGGAAUGA